AUUGUUCAUUUUAUUUAAUCUUAAUAAUAUUAUAUAGUAGUGCUAUAUUAAUAAAUGAAGUGUCAGUGACGUUUAAGAGGUUAUGUUUACAAAUGUUCUUGUGUGAUUUAAUAUACAGUGUAUUUUAAAUUCUUUAUUAUGGAAAUUCUUGAACUAAAGGAUGUAAAAGCUGUUCCAGAUAUUAUUCAUACUUAUCCACAUAAAAUAAAAACUGAGGUAAUACCAUUGGUUAUUGAUAAUGGUUCAUACAAUUGUAGGGUUGGUUGGGCUACUGAAAAGGAACCGCAGUUAAUAUUUAAGAAUCUCAUAGCGAAACCUAGAAAAGAACGUGGCAAGAAAGACGGAGAACCUCAAGUAGGAAAUGACAUAGUAAACAUAGAAGCUGUAAGAUUUCAAUUGAAAACUCAAUUCGACAGAAAUGUUGUUACUCACUUCGAGGCUCAGGAACAAAUCUUUGAUUACACCUUUACGCAUAUGGGAAUUGAUACGGAAGCUUCUGUUAAUCAUCCAAUUAUUUUAACGGAAGCUUUUUUGAAUCCCAAUUAUUCAAGAAAUUUAAUGGCUGAACUUCUAUUCGAAUGUUACAAUAUACCAUCAAUAGCUUACGGUGUUGAUUGUUUACUUUCAUAUCAACAUAAUAAUUGUCAAUCAGAUGGUUUAAUCGUUAGCAUUGGAUACCAUACAACACAUAUAAUACCGAUAUUAGAUGGCAAAGCAGAUCCGGUGAAUGCUAGAAGAAUUAAUAUUGGUGGUUAUCAUAUUACAUCUUAUAUGCACAGAUUACUUCAACUUAAAUAUCCUGUACACGUUAAUGCGAUAACUCUUAGCCGUGCUGAAGAAUUGAUACACGAACAUUCCAUGAUUGCAUUGAAUUAUCAAGAAGUUGUUUCCAAAUGGGCUGAUCCAGAUUAUUACGAUGCCAACGUGUUAAGAGUUCAAUUACCUUACAUUGCACCUGCGAGUACUCCUGGUUUAACCAUAGAACAACAGAAAGAAAGGAAAAGGGAAUUAGCUAGGAGAUUGAUGGAAAUCAAUGCAAGAAAGAGAGAAGAAAGGUUGGCUGAAGAUGAGGAACAAUUGAAUCAAUUAUUAGCAAUACAAGAUCUUUUGGAAGAAGGUGAAACGGAUGAGUUCGAUCAAGCAUUGAAAACUUAUUCUCUGGCAAACGAAGCGGAUCUAAUUAAAAUGAUUAAUAAUUUACAAGCUAAGGUAGAAAGAACAAGACAAAAGAUUGUUGCUGCCAAUUCGCAAGAAGAGAACAUCGUUAUGGAGGAUCAAAAACCAAAAAUAAAAUCAAGUCUUCAACCGAAGGAUCAGCAAGAUUUCGAAGAAUGGAUUGCUGGUGUUAGAAAGAGAAGACAAGAAAUAUUAGACAAACGUAUGGCGAAGAGACAACGUAGACAAGACAUGGCCAAACGUAGAACAGCAGCAGCACAGGAAAGAAUGCGUAUAAUUAGUCAAUUAGCAAGGAAAGACAAACGUGAUGAUGAUUUUGGUAUGAGAGAUGAAGACUGGGAUGUAUAUAAAGUUAUUAAUAGAGAAGGCGGUGACUCAGAUUCAGAAUUAGAACAAGAAAAAUUAUUAGAACUCGAGGACGUUCUUCGUCAUCACGAUCCAGAAUUCGAUGGUGCCGGUUCUAGCGUUCCCUUGAUUCCUGGUGAAACCCAUCAAUUACAUGUUGGAGUGGAACGAUUGAGAGCAGUCGAAUUACUUUUUCAGCCUUCGAUGAUAGGUUCCAUCGAAGCUGGCAUAGCGGAGACAAUUGAAUUUGUUUUAAAACUUUAUUCCCCUAUACAACAAAAACGAUUGGUAAGCAACGUUUUUCUCACCGGUGGACCAACAGCAUUUCCAGGAUUGCUCGAAAGACUCAAACGUGAACUCAAAGAAAUAAGACCAUUUGGUUCGAGCUUUCAAAUAAACGUAGCAAAAAAUACCAGUUUAGAUUCUUGGUACGGUGCAAGAGAUUUUGGUUUGAGUGGUAAUCUACCUGAAUAUCUUGUAACUCGUAAAGAAUAUGAAGAAAAAGGUGGUGAAUAUUUGAAGGAACAUACUGCGAGUAACAUGUAUACACGGUCACCUGAUCCCUUACCUAUAUUACAAGUUCCUGUAACAUGCGAACAAGUAAUUGUUGAAGAUGCUAUAAUCGAUGUUGAGAUUGAAUAAAGAAAAUGAAAUUAUAAAAGUCUGGCGUGUGAUUCGAUUUAGGGAGAAAGUAUAAGAGGUAGAUUUUUUGUUAAUGAUUACUACUUUAUUACACAAGUGUUUUUGUUCGUUCAUUUUAUUACGAACAAACUACAUUGUAGUCUGUUUAUACUAAUCAUAA